AUGCUGACGGCAAUCCAGAUCGACGUUCGACUAGUACCUGUUCUCGCCCUGCUCUACCUCGCAUCUCACAUCAACCGUGCCAACAUCGGUAACGCGAAAAUCGAAGGCACGACCAAAGACCUCGGUCUCUCCGGCAUCCAAUACAAUAUCGCGCUUUCGAUCUUCUUCAUACCCUACAUACUUCUCGAAGUCCCUUCCAAUAUCAUCCUGAAGAAGUUCAAGCUCCCUUCCAAUAUCAUCCUGAAGAAGUUCAAGCGUCCAUCAACAUAUCUCGGCAUCCUGGUCGUGGCCUGGGGAAUCGUCAUGACAUUCACCGGCCUCGUCAAGAACUUCGCCGGACUCAUGGUCCGUCAGGUCCAGACUCGACUUGCCCUUUUCUACUGUGCCAGUGCUCUUUCAGGAGCCUUCUCUGGCUUGCUCGCUUUUGCUAUCGCGAAAAUGGACGGAGCUGGAAGCCUCGAAGGUAUUGCCACAGUCCUCGUCGGCGUGGCUUGCUUCUUUAUCAUGCCUGAUACUCCAGCACUCUCCGGUCACUGGCUCAACUCAGAAGAACAACGAUACCUGGAGAUCCAAACAGCCAUCAAAGAAGGCGGAAAUUCCUCGAUGGAGAAACGCGAUAAACUCUCCGACCACUUCCAAUGGCGCGCAAUUUUCAUUUUCUUUUUCGGCCAAAUGGCCGUCGCUCUCGUGGGUUUCUGCAUUUUGCUCCCUUUGGCCCCACACAUCGCCUCACAAAUCGGUCCGUGUUAUUUCGCCGUCAUGUUAAUCUGUAUCGGUCAAUACCCCACCAACCCGGCCGGAAGUGCUUGGAUUAGUUCGAAUCUUGCGGGUGAUACGAAGAGGGCGAUGGGGAUUGCUUUGAAUAUCUGCGGUUACAGGAUUAAUAGGAGUCGGGAUAAGCUUGAUGAGGAUGAGGUUCGGAGGGAAUUUAACGAUGAGCAGUUAGCGAGGUUGGGGGAUAAGAGUCCUUUGUUUAGGUAUAAGGAUUGA